UAUCAACAAUGGUGCAAGACCAACAACUUCAAGUCAAUGCUACCUCAAGAUGUCAAGGAAUGCAAAAUGGCAGCUGCAGUGGUGAACAUGCAGCAAACAAGUCUCAAUGGACACCUCCAAGAGAUUCCUCCCAACAAGGUAGUCAUACCUUAUACUGAUUCACUCUUCUGUGAGGCUGCCAUUGAAUGGCUGAUAUCUACUAGCCAGCCAAUCCAAGCUGUAGAUCAUCCAAGCUUCAAGAACAUGAUCAACAUAGCAGCCCAUGCUACAAAUGGCAUGGUCCUACCAAAUCGUAACACUACACACCACAACAUCAUGGACUUGUUCAAGACACAGAUGAUGAAGUUAAAGGACCGGCUCAAUGUAAGUUUUUGUUUUGUCUGA